UUUCUCGCCAUGUUUCCAGGGCGGCAUGGCCUUGACCCCACCCUCCCCCGUUCGAUGCCGCUUAGACUUAUUGUUCUGCUCAGGAAUUGUCAUACCUAACAUUUACCGCGCUCGGACCCGGUAGUCUCCUCUGGAGCAUGUUUGCUAUCAAAAUGCACGCCCAUGCUGUAGGACUUGUCUCCUUUCAUGCGCUGGCAAGCAGCUUGCCGCAAUCUGACCUUCUUUCAAGACCCCCGAUAGGGCUGCCGCUCCAUUUUGUAGAAAUUCAGCGGCUUCCCCGGCUUCGGAUUGCAAUACUACACUGAGCCUUCUGUUCAACGUCGACUGAUAUCACCCGUGCCGUUGCCGUGUCACCAGCCUGUUGGCAUACUGUCUAGCCUUUUCAUCUCUACCUGUCAAUUCCGCUCAAAUCGCCGGAUAGUACACCUGUCAUGUCCUAUUCAGGACCGGAUUCCAACAACAGCACCAUGCUUCCGUCUCGAAACGCCGACGAGGAGAGGACUGGGCCUUCAUAUCCAACGUCCAGCUCAAGACCCUCCAUCACUGCCUAUCCGCAAACACUCUCAGAUCUGCCACCUGAGCCUUCCUACAUGAACACUCAACAUCCCAACUGGCCUCGCUCGCACUUAUUGUCCAGCUCAAUGUCAGACCAGAACGCUUAUUACACUUUUCCUGAGACUCAUAACGCCUUCGGAGCAUCGUCCAUGUUUCAUGGUCUUUCUCAAUACCCACAUAUCGACCCAAACGGCGAUUCUGCACGUCCCCGUUCGUGUUCCUACUUUGACGUGCCAACAAUGUCCGCUGUUCCCUCAGAUUUUUACAUUGACCGGAAGCCCAUGCUUGCCGAUCAAGUAGGAGAAGUCCAUGCUCAGCAUUCUGUGGAGCUUGGAAAUGACUAUAGUUAUGGUCAGGGCUACUAUCCAAACGACAUGUCGCAAGAAAGGAGCUAUCACGGCUACCCUUGUAACUACCAAGCUGCGGUGAACUCGAACGAGUGUAGAGGUCUCACACUCGACAACAGACUCAGCGAAGAGCCCAAGAAAGACGUUGCGGGUCAGGAUAAAGAUGAGCCGUACGCCAAGCUCAUCUACAGAGCCCUCAUCGAUGCACCAGACCACCAGAUGGUGCUCCGCGACAUCUACGAGUGGUUCCAGUUACACACCGACAAGGCCCAAGAUGCGGACGCUAAAGGCUGGCAGAAUAGUAUUCGUCACAAUCUGUCCAUGAAUGGAGCUUUCCAGAAGGUUGAUAACCCAGAGACUGGCGAUUCGAGCAAGAAGGGUUUCCUAUGGAGACUCACUCAGGAAGCGAUCAACGAUGGUGGUGUCAAGUCAACGACCCGCUAUAGAUCCAAACAGCCACAGAAGCGACGAGGUGGCGGCACGCUCCAACGCCUUGCAUCUGAGUCGAGAAACACCUACGACCCAAGACGUUCGACCAGACGCCUCCAGUCUCCAUUUUCAUCUCCAAUUCGUCCAGUGAACUUAACCGCCUACCACAGCGAAGAGCAGUCCAUAGAUAUGCCACAAUACUUCGCUGAUCCUACAUAUUACGACCCUUAUACAGAGACUUCCACGCCAGCAAUGCACCAAAUGCUCAUCAAGCGAGACCAACAGCCACUGUUCACCGCGUCCAUGUCGGUACCAACCAGUAAUUACGCAAGUUUACCAAUCACACCGCCACUUGUGCCAAGCUAUUUUACAUCAGAUCUAUCUUCGAAUGGUGUAAACUUGACGACACCCGCCACGCCUUCAGACAUGGCAGAAGCGUCGUGCCCGAGCACACCUGACCUACUGAGUUAUCCAACGGGACAAAUGGGAGCAUUCUUUCACCUCAUGCGUCAUCCGCAGAGCGACCAGGUUUUUGGCAGCUCAGAUUCUGGUGACGAAGGCCCACCCACUCCAGAAGAGGUACAAGGUCUACUUCAGUUGCAUGGCCACAUACCGGAACAAGACGAGAAGUACUACGAUUGUGCGCCGACUGGCAAUACAUGAAAAUUAUCUCGUCAGGUCGUGGCAGGUCACAGCCUUUUCCAGACUCUGUGCCUGGAUCAUAUCCGAUACGACAUCUGAUUUCAUACCGCAUAU